ACACACACACAUACGAACAAAUACAACAAGCCCAUCUUCCCAGACCACCAGACCACGCCUUCUUGCACAAUACACCGGCUGCUGUCCCGAUAACUUUGUGCAUUGCGUGCGCCUCAAACAACCUUGGCCCACUCAGUAAUUGACAACUGCUCUGUACGGAUAUCCUUCCAUGGUUCUCCAAUUUAUCUGUCCACCUGUCUUACCUGAGCAACAACAACACGCGCACGCUGCUGCACGUACACAAAGGAACCCCCCUCGCCGUCUUUGCCGCUGCCAAUUGCUGUUCUUCCGCCUCUUUCCAUCUUCCAUUGCCAAUUAAUUACUCAACCUUACCGACCACCCGCCACUGCUAUUCUACCUUGCUCUUGCAGACUACCACUACUAAAAUACUACCACCACCACCUUACCACCACCGCUUGGUACACACAUCAACUCGCUGGCUCCAUCCGUCAUAGGCCCCCCCGCAUUCCAUUGAACCUGCGACUACUUUAGCACACCUCAGGUAUCUGUAGCCUUUCCACAGAAGGUGCCUAUUAGUCUCUCUAUCCAUCGAGGUACGGAGCCCAAAUCUAAUACCCACCCGCUCUGUCCCCCAUGCCUGUCGCCUAAGGUAAAGCAAUCCCGCCCGUCCUGCAUUCAUCCGUCCCUCCUUGUACCUUCUCCUCCCGUACAUACUCACCAACAACACCUCGGAUUCUUUCGCCUUAUCUCCAGACUCCAGCCCACACGAUCUGAACAAGGCUGACCAAAAACUCCUCCUACGCAGUCGUCGACAAAUGCCUCCAUAGCUUCAUUCCAUCCGCGCCUGCCGACUUCAUUCGAGUCUUGUCUUCUUCUCGUUUCUUUGACCCGACACAACCGCCGCCCGCGAGCCACGUAUACGUCACUCGCCCGUUUCCUCGCUUACAUACGACCCUCCACCUCUUCUUCCUCCUGCCCAUCUCCAGCGAUCGAUCAAAGGCAAUCGCCUUAACGCGCCCAAAACGGACAACUCAAGUGGACGCCGCUCUCCCUCCCGCAUCCGCUUCCUGUCCAUCCUCGAUCGUCUAUUCCAUCCUCCCUAGGACCCCCUACUGCGACACAACAUUACAUUUUCCCAUCUCGAGCCCCUGCCAGAUUCGGGCUGUUGCGGCGAGACGUGUAGGCCAGCCACACAUCAGACGAAGACGAGGCCAGCCCACGCGCACAACCCGACAUACGACACCUACAACAAUAAUCGUCGUCGUUCCUUCUGCAUCGGCAUACGAGCUACAUCAUGGGAAACCAGCCAUCCAAGGAGGGUGGUCACGCUUCCACCAAAGGCCCUGGUGGCGACGGCACCGCUGAACCCCUCAAGUCCUACCCUUCCUUUGGCAGAUCUGACACCAAGGACUCCUCCCGCUCCUUCAAGGCCCUGAGGUCCAAGAUCCCCGGCUCGAGCAAGACGGACAGCCCAAGGAACUCAGUCAUCACCUCCCCUACCGAAGAAAAAUCCGACGCUGCUUCGGUCAAGUCGGGGAAAAGCGCAAAGUCCGGUGUCCCCCGAAGCCGCAAUGACUCCGCCACCUCGCCGACGUCCCCCUCGACUGACAUUGAAUCCCCGCUCGAUGACUCUCAGCCGCCGCCAUCCCCGACCCAGUCCAGCACCAUCAAGAGCGGCGUUCACGACGUGAGCGCAGCGCAAGCAUCAGGAGAGGUCGACCACGUCUCCGACCAACCCCCUUGUGCCGGAGGCAGUCUCAAUACCCAUAUGCAGCAGCCCGGCAAGUCCAUCCUGGCCACCAAGAACGCGGAUGGCGCUGCAACCCCGGUCGCCAAAACCUCGUCGACGAACUCGGGAGAUAGACAUGAGGGAGGUGUUGCCAUGAGCGAGAUCAAGGACAUCGAUCUCGACGACUUCAUCAAGCGUCUUCUGGAUGCGGGCUACGCUGGCAAGGUCACAAAGAGCGUAUGCUUGAAGAACGCCGAGAUCGUCGCGAUCUGCCAACGAGCUCGCGAAGUGUUCCUCUCUCAACCCGCCCUUCUGGAGCUUGACGCCCCGGUCAAGAUUGUCGGUGACGUACACGGCCAAUACACAGACCUGCUUCGCAUGUUUGAGAUGUGUGGCUUCCCGCCCUCAUCUAACUACCUCUGCCUGGGUGACUACGUCGACCGUGGUAAGCAGUCUCUCGAGACAAUCCUGCUGCUUCUGUGCUACAAGCUCAAGUUCCCCGAGAACUUCUUCUUGCUGAGAGGAAACCAUGAGUGCGCCAAUGUUACGAGAGUGUACGGUUUCUACGACGAGUGCAAGCGCCGCUGCAAUGUCAAGAUCUGGAAGACCUUCAUUGACUGCUUCAACACCCUCCCGAUUGCUGCCAUUGUCGCUGGCAAGAUUUUCUGUGUGCACGGAGGUCUCUCCCCCGCACUCAGCCACAUGGACGACAUUCGCAACAUUGCUCGGCCCACCGAUGUUCCCGACUACGGCCUGCUGAACGACCUGUUGUGGUCUGAUCCGGCCGACAUGGAGCAAGACUGGGAGGCCAAUGAGAGAGGCGUGAGCUAUUGUUUCGGCAAAAGAGUGAUAUUGGAUUUCCUUGCGACUCACGACUUUGACUUGAUUUGUCGAGCGCACAUGGUGGUUGAGGACGGCUACGAAUUCUUCAACGAUAGAGUCCUUGUAACGGUCUUCAGCGCCCCCAACUACUGUGGCGAGUUCGACAACUGGGGUGCCGUCAUGUCCGUAUCGAAUGAAUUGCUUUGCAGCUUCGAGCUGCUUAAGCCGCUAGACUCGAGUGCGCUGAAGAGUCACAUUAAGAAGGGCAGAAACAAGAGGCAGAGCAUGCUCAACAGUCCGCCUGCACAUGUCGAGCCACGAAGCGUUUGAUGAGGAGGUACGCCGGGGAGACGUGGGACAGCAAAGAAUCUCCAUUCAUUGAUGGAUUAUUAUGAGUUACAAUCAGUCGGGCAACCGGGCAGAACAUUUCAGAUCAGAACACAAUAGGCGAAGCAUGCGGUUCCGGCGGCAUCACCAAUACCCUCGGCAGGUGGAAUUCCCCGAAGGACAUGAGCGCCUACUCGAGUCCGGUCAUAACACGGACAAUGCCUGCGAAAGGCGUAAUAGCCGAGUCGAGUGAUGGCCAGGUUGGGAUACUUGGCAGGGUCAAACUCUAGCAGGUGGCCGUUCGUUAUUCGAUCUCUAGACACGGCUCGGGCAAGAGCAGGAAGCAGCUGGGAAUCUUGCGGAUUUCCUUGACACGAUAGGACGAGAGGGCAUGCAUCGGUUGCGGCCCUUGGGAACUAGUGGAUGAUGGUUGAGGAGAACUCUCAAUUACCAGCCUGUCUCGGACAGUUGCACCGCGAGCUAGAGAUACAGCGUACAUCCAGUCCAUUUCCGAAUGUUCGUCGAUGAAGGCAUCGACUAGCGGGGUCUAUCAUGGUUAUACAGUAAGGUAGUUAGGGUGUGGGAACUAGGAUUCGAUUUUG